AUGAUCAUAAGGGUUAUUAAAUGUGAAACCAUUAUCUCUGCGACAACUACAUCUAAUAUCUCAAUUGAUGUUAUAGGUGAAGUUGUUUCGUUAGGCAAGCUGGAUUCCCGUGAUGUUAGCAAAUCGAAACAUAGGCUAACUUUACAAAUCAGAAACUUAGAAGGUUUGCAAGUUAACGUCACAUUGUUUGCAGAUUUCGCAUACCAAGUGAUUUCUUAUCUUGAAGCUCAUAAACAAGUUGGUCGUGUGGUUAUUAUUUUGCACUUGGUUGGAUUACGAAGAAUUCAAAACCCUUCUUCUUCUUUGACUUUUGAUAGCUCUCAAUCAUACAAUGAAUAUGAAGACUUUUUGAAUAAUCACAAAGUUAAAAAUGUUGUCGAUUUGCUAGAACCACAAGAGGUCGGGAAAUUUAUCAUUGUUGGUACAAUUUACGGUAUACGACAAGAUAUUGAUUGGUAUUAUGAUGCGUGUUCAAACUGUGGAAAGAAAGUUGAUCGAAGAGAUGUUUUUAGCGGUCCAAAUAGUGGUGAUGCAAGUGUGGUUGUUGAAUGCUCUACUGAUAAGUGUAAAAAAAAGGAGAUUUCUUCAGCUCCAAGGUAUAAAAUACAUAUUCGUGUCCAAGAUGAUUCUGGCACAAUCACACUAACUCUGUUUGAUAGAGAUGCUUAUAGACUUGUCAAACAACGUGCAAGUGAGCUCAUAGAGAAAAUCAAACAGGUUGGGGAUAAUCCGAGAAUGUAUCCUUAUGACCUCAAAUGUCUGGCAGGUAAUUCUGGAAAUCCUGAUGAUACAGAAAUCGCAUCUCACGAAGCAUCUCACGAAACGAAGUCGUUGAAGGACGCCAUCUCACAGACCGGUGAUAAUUUGACGCCUUCCAUGCCCGACAAAUCAGAAGCUACAAGUCCCUUCAAGUUUAAUUCACCCCCAAAUGUAAAAAAACGAAACGUUGGAGAUACAAUUGAUGUUGAUGAAUAUGAUAAUGUCAAUUCGUCUACAAAAAUACCGCGCUUGAAUUCCAAGGUCGAUGGCAACACAGGAGUUGUCCAUCGAAGUAAAAACGUAUCCGCAUCUACAUCAAGUGCCAAUGUUUCAAAAAAAUCAAUGUUACCAAAUCAUCAUUCACAUUUAAAUGUUAGAACUCCUUUAUCUAACAUUUCCAAUGUCAUGGAUAUUUCCAAUAACAGUUUUCAAUCACCGUCAACAAACAUCAGCUUCGAUUCAAACGAAACAUUCAAAGGAGUGGUCAAUCGAAACAAAAACGUAUGCACAUCUAUGUCAAAUGGGAAAAUGUCAAAACAACCAAUGUUACAAACACCUUCAUAUUUAAAUUUUAGAACUCCGUUAUCUAACAUUUCCAAUGUCAUGGAUAUCUCCAAUAACAGUUUUCAAACACCGUUACCAAACAUCGGAAUGGAUUCAAACGACAAAAUCAACGGAGUUGUUCGUCGAAAUAAAAACAUAACCUCAUCUGAAUCAACUGUAAACAUGUCAAAACAAUCAAUUUUACAAAAUCCUCCUUCACAUUUAAAUGUUAGAACUCUGUUAUCUAACAUUUCCAAUGCGAUGGAUAUUUCAAAAAACAGUUUUCAAUCACCGUUACCAAAUAUUCGACAAUACUCUGUAAUUUCAAAUGGUGACACAUCAAACAACUCAUCUACAGUAACAAAGAGAUCAUCUUCAGUCAUGUCUACCAAUCCUAAUCGUAAUAAAAACAAAAAAAGGGCAAAUUUAUCUCCUAUUCCAAUAAUUGGUUUGACAUCCGAUCAAGACAACAAUGAUGGUCAAAGUAAUCAAAACAUAUACAACGGUAUAUCAAAAGAUUAUUUGGAUCAUGGUGAUCAGAAUGUUUUAUGCCAAACAUGUUUUGCAAAAUUAUGGAAAGAUGAAUCUAUCAAAUGUAGAAAAAAGGAUAAUGAAAAUUAUUCUCUAUGUUGUGGUUAUGGCAAAGUUGAACUUCCAGAGUUAAAGAAUGCACCUCCAAGUUAUGAAAUUCUUUUUAAAUCUGGAGAUUCUAAAAGCAAAUAUUUCAUGAAGAACAUUCGUUCGUACAAUUCUAUGUUUUCUUUUACGUCGAUGGGUGACAAAAUUGAUUCCUCAAUCAAUAGAGGCAAUGCUCCAUACAUUUUUAGACUUAGUGGUCAAAAUUAUCAUAGUAUCGGAAGCCUUUUACCAAAUCAGGGAUUUAAACCAAAAUUCUCUCAGUUGUACAUAUACGAUACUGAUAAUGAAAUCGCAAAUAGACGAACAUGCUUGGGUGGAGAAAAUCAACGAUCUACAUCAAAUUCUUCUAUCCUUGAUGAUGAUAUUAUACAAGAUUUGAAAUUGAUGUUAGAUUCAAAUAAUGUCUUGGUUCAAUCUUAUAGGAUGGUUAGAGAUUGUUUUAAUGAAAAUCCUUGUGCUGAUAUCAAGUUGAGAAUUAUUGGAAGAAGGGACCAAGAUGGAAGGACAUACAACCUACCGUCUGCUUCUGAGGUAGCAGCUUUGAUUGUUGGAGAUAUUGGUGAUUCAAUUGAUAAUAGAGAUAUUGUUGUUCAAACUUCAUCUGAGUUGACAUACCACAUCGAGGUAUUACAUCUUCAAGCAACAGCAAGCGGCCCAACUGUACAAUGA